CUCAUCAGCCGCCUAAGCUCCGACCAAGCUCUACCAUCAAACAAGCAACUUCAAUCCCAGUACCCCAAACACCACCAUCAAUAUGUUCAAGCGAAUCUUCGGCGAGCACGGCGCAAAGAACGUCGUAACCCUCUUCCACAAACCCUCCUCGCAGGCCUCUCUGCGAGCUCACACCAUCCUCAAGCAAGCCAACGCGCAAUCCGUUGCAACUGCCACCGAAGACCAAGCCAGCAGUCACGAUGCCCAGAACAAGGCCGAGCGCACAGAGUUCGAGCUCGAUGUCACAGAGGCACCGCCCACGGCCGACCAGCUCAAGAAUAUCUUGGAGUACCUGGGUGGACCGAGUGCGGUCGGACGCAUCAUUGAGGGAGCCAAGGACGAGACAGAUGCGUUGAGGAGGCUGAAGGCGGAUGGGGAGACGUUCAAGAGGCCGCUGGUUGUAGACUGGAAUCAGGGAAAGGCUGUUGCUGGCGACAGCGAAUCUGAGAUCCUGAGCCUGCUCAAGGGCAUCUCGGCUGAGAAGAAGUAGGAGGUUGAGCGUUGCAUGUAGCACAAAAGACACCUGACACAAGGUCUGUCAUCUAGAUUUCUUGAACCGCUGUCUCGUGUUGCUUCAUUCGAUAACUUUCACAUCGAACAUGCAAGGACCCUCACCGCUGCUCCGUGCAUAAGCACUGACGUGCGGGCGACGGGUACCUGCAGGAACCUUAGGUGGCUUCCUUUCACGCCAGUCCCUAGAGAGGACGGUAGAUUUUCCUGUCUCGCACGCUUUGUUUGUCUAGUUCACCGCCGCCCGCGUCUUCGUCCUGUUUGUUUUGUCUCAAUUCCUUAAUGGCAGCUCUUUCGUGCGCAAUGUCUACAGGUGCUGGCUCCUCCAUCAC